CAUCCAAACUCAAUCUUCUUCAAUCUCCUUGCAUAUUUUAUCCUCUCUAACACCUUUUUUUGAGUUUUCUUCAUCACCAUGGGCAAAGACAAAAGCAGGGCUGCUACCUCCGGGAAAUCAAAGUCUAAAUCAUGGGCACCGUCCACAACCUCCGAGGAACGCCUCUACUACGGCGAUGGGUCGUAUCUCUGGUUCGAUUCCGAGGAGGAGCGCACCCGAUUCCUCACCUUUUUCUCUAAACGGGUUGUGGCUCCCCCACGGAUCAUUCCGGAGCGCUACCCGGAGUUGCAAGGCUACGACGACCUCGACGCGCAGCUUCAUCAAGCCGGCCUUUGGCCGUUCGUAGUUGUGGACGGUGCCCAUCAAGCCGGCCUUUGGCCGUUCGUCUCCCGGGCACGAAAGGAGAUCAACCCGGCGCUGAUCCGGGCCUUCUACUCCAACCUCCGGCGUGAGGACGACGUGCUCUACUCGCUCGUCAAGAGCACGCCGAUCGAGCUCACCGUUGAGCAGCUUGGGCGCAUCACCGGCAUCCCCUUCCAAGGCGACGAUGUGUCUCACUAUGGUGGAGAGGAUUGGGUGCUCAACAAUGAGGGCCUUAUCCUCAACGAGCUUGGCAUCACCGAGCUCAAACGCCAUGCCUCGGGCCGCCCAACCAUCCACUCCGCCAAACCCGAAGGCCGCCUCGUCCUCUACAUCGUCUCCCGGAUCAUCAAACCGAGGAAGCACGGCCACACUAUCAUGCACGGUGAAGACCUCAAGCUCAUCCAUGCGAUCAUGCAUUCGGCCCCAAUCAAUUGGGCAAAGUUUGUCAUGAUCAACAUGACGAUUGCAGCGUCCACCGAGCACGACCAUCUCCUCCCCUCCCCGUUUUUGGUGAUGGACAUCCUUGAACGGUUCAAGGUAACCACCACCGUUGGCCCGCUCACGAAGGCCACGAAGAUUUGGACAAUCAGCAACCAAACCUUCCUCAAGCGGUCGGACAACGCCGCGGCUGCCACUGCCGAGCCACGCCGCACUGCCCCUACCGCUGGCCCAGCCGAACCCCAGGCCCGGGCCAACCUUGCCUCCAUCGCCGACUCCCUCAACCGGCUCCACCUCAAAGUUGACGGGAUGGGUGGCUACCUUGAACGGCUCGACGUGGCUGUUCAACGCCAAGGAUACGCGAUGAACUCGUACUUCCAAGGCAUCAACUACGUCCCCCCACCGUACCACGGCACGUUCUUUGGGCAAGUGUAUGGUGACGAAGACGAAGCCGAUGACUCCUACGCCCCGUCAAGCUCCCCGGAUGAAGACGAGUUCGACGAUGCCAUCGAUGGGGAUGAGAUGGACGAGUCAAGAUUGAGUUCAAUUACGUUGCCAGUACAUGUAACAGUUGAAGAGUUUGGUUAUCUUGGUAACACAUCUCAGACAGAAACCAGGAUCAUGGCAUACUUUGCAUACCGCGACAAGAGGUCAGGCCUAGUGCGCCUCUUCCGCGGGCCCGUCCAGGAACCUGCAGGAUCCAACAGAGCCACUCAUCUCCCUUCCCCUCCUUAUCCGAUCUCGCUGCAGACUCCAGAAAAAACCCGUCCACUCAUCUCCCUUCCCCUCAUUCUCUCCAUUCCCAUGGCCCUCUCACCCGAAUCUGUUGUUGGCGGCCAUGUAUCUGAGAACGAAUUAAUUUUCAUUGAAAGCGACGACGAUGGUGUGGACGAUUCAAAGGAGACUGAAAUCAUCUAUUACCAUGAAGAGGAAGACGUCAUAAUCAUUGCUGGGACUAAGAAGACGCAGUUGAUGCUAGACGAUGGCAAGAGGUAUGAGAUACUCGCAAUGGAGACUUCUCCGGGGAUCUACAAACCUUGGGAUCCGAAGACAGAUGUGAUGAAGUUCAUGCAACCCACUUCAGAUGUGAACUCUUCGAUCUCAGAGAUCAAUUCCAGGGCACAUCUUUUCCAACAUGGUAUUGAUGAAUCAUAUACAUGUUGGAUAUGGCACGGAGAGCUAAAUCCAGAUGAUGAACCCCCUCACCCACACAAUAAACGUGUUCAUGACUCAUUUGACGAUGGAACAGAAGAAAACAGCGAAGAAGAUGGUGAGGACAGGUCUUUUGAAUACUCUGAUUUCAUGAACCAUGUCCAAGGGGAUUCUGAACCCCUUUACCCGGGAUGCAAGACCUACACUAAGCUGAAGGCACUAGUGAAAUUAUGUAACUUGAAGGCAAAGCAUGGGAUUUCUGAUUCAUGCUUCUCUGAAAUUCUGCUUUUGCUGGGGACAUUUCUCCCAAAGGGCAACUCCCUGCCUUCGUCAUUUGGUGAAGCAAAGAAGACCUUAUGUGCUUUAGGCAGAAAGCAGCCUUUGAUAACACAGUGGAAAAGAAUGCAGCUCCUAUCCCAUUGACUGGGGAAGAGGGAAGACAAAAGAUAGGGAAUCUGUGCGUAUCGAUAUGGCUGAAAUGGG